AGAUGAAGAGGGUAAAAUGGGUAUAUCGCCGGAGACCACGGAAGAAGGUUAUAGUGUUGUGUUUAUCGUCAAACUCGUGAACCAGGGACACCAGACAAUAACAGAGAAGGUCCACCAACUGAGCCGGUGACGGAGUUUCACCACACUCCAAUCACAUUCCGCCACGUCACCCACCCUUCCUCUGCCCUCUCCCCACGUGUCGACGGUCACCGUCAACUCACCCUCUUCCGUCUAACGAAACCCCAAAAAAGAUCGGCGGCGAGGAGGAUAUGGACGACGACGACGAGAUCCAGUCGCAUCCUUCGCCGGCGAGCGGAUCCCCUCCGUCGUCGCCGAGGUCGAACGGUCGGAUAACGGUGACGGUCGCGGCUCCGGCGCCGCAGGCGCAGCCACCACCGCCGAAUAGUCUGGCAUUAGCGCUUCCGAUUCAGCAGCCGGCGAAGGGGAACGGCGGAGGAGGAGGAGGAGGAGGAGGCGGUGGAGGGAGGGAGGAUUGCUGGAGCGAAGGCGCGACGGCGGUGCUGAUCGACGCGUGGGGAGAGAGGUAUCUGGAACUGAGCAGAGGAAAUCUGAAGCAGAAGCACUGGAAGGAGGUGGCGGAGAUCGUGAGCGGACGAGAGGAUUUCACGAAGGCGCCGAAGACAGAUAUCCAGUGCAAAAACCGGAUCGACACCGUUAAGAAGAAGUACAAAUCGGAGAAGGCGAAGAUCGCCGCCGGUGCCACCAGCAAGUGGCCGUUCUACGACCGAUUGGAACAAUUAAUUGGUCCUAGCGCCAAGAUCCCCGGCGCCGGAAACAGUAAUUCACAACCGCAGAAAGUUCCGUUAGGGAUUCCGGUCGGUGUUCGCAGCAGCGCGAAUCAGUUUCACCAUCCUCACAAACAGCCACAGAGGCAGCAACCACAAUCGGUUCCGUUGAAGAACCAGAAGAUUCAGUUCCGGCGCCGCGGUCCUCCGGUGGAUUCCGAUUCGGAGGAGCGCGACGCGUCGUCGCCGGCGUCGAGCGACAGUUUUCCGCCGGAGAGCUUCGAGCGGAAGAGGCCGCGGUUGAUGAGUUCUAACACCGCGAAAGGAAGCGGAGAAAGACGGAAGGCGAAGGGUUGGGGAAGCGCGGUGAGGGAACUGACUCAGGCGAUUCUGAAAUUCGGUGAGGCUUAUGAACAAGCAGAGAGUUCGAAGCUGCAGCAGGUGGUGGAGAUGGAGAAGCAGAGGAUGAAGUUCGCGAAGGAUUUGGAGUUGCAGAGAAUGCAGUUUUUCUUGAAGACGCAGCUGGAGAUUUCGCAGCUCAAGCUUGGAAGGAAAGGUGGUAACCCUAGCAACAAUCUCAAUGGCACCACCAACAAUAACAACAACAAUCAUAACAAUAAUAGUGACAGUGAAUGAAUGUGUGAGAGUCAGGAAGGGAUAACUAGGUUGAGGUAAAGUUUAGAUUGGAAUUGCAUCAGCCUAAUAGCCUUGUGGUGUAUGUGUUUAGUUAUUAUUAUUAUUAUUAUUAUUAUCCCUUAAUUGUUACAGUUAACUUAAGAGGGAUUGCUAUGCUGAACCCUAAAACAGAGAGGAAAAAAUGCAGGAGUAUUAUGUGCUGAAUAAGUGAAUAAUCUAAUCUCUUUGAAGAAGAUGCAUCAGUUCAGUUGUCAUGUGUAACACCAUUCUAAAUUAUAUCAGUAUGGGGAUCAUGUCAUCAUUCAUA